CUAAGCACCUACGGUCACACCGAAUCUUUGAGCAGGGCAGGAAAACGUAAACACCGUCAAAUGGAGCACGCGGAGGCUGUUUCUGGAGAGGAUUCGUCGCCAGAGGAGAUCAAAUGCAGUCCGCAGCUCAAGCCCUCGUCCAAUACGGCCAUAAAGUGCCUGAAGUGCGACAAGGUGUACAUAUUUCCCGCCGACAAAGAUGACUGCCUGGCGCACUUGUAUCUGGAGCACCGCCUGGUCAUAGCCGAUGUGGAAGAUAUAGCGCUUUUGGAGGACUAUCUGCAGUACUGGGGCAAGGAGUUUCAGGCACAUGAAUUUGAACAAUAUUGCACCACCAUGUUUCUGGAUCAACUCCCCGAUGGGAAAUAUGCCAAGAACGAGAAGUACUAUCUUCUGUGUGAUAUCCUGCCCCAGGACUACGAGCUGCGACAAAGGUUAAAGGAGAAGCGCUUGAGUGAAGCCCUCAAGCGGCAUCAGUUCGAGCUCACAGACAGAAAUUUCUCCAAGGAGUGCCUGUUCUGCAGGACCAUAAUCAAGGGUUUGAGAGCAGACUACCUGGACCACCUGUUCGACAAGCACUUCCUGCUGGUGGGCAAGCCCGAGAAGCUGGUGUACGUGGACGAGCUGCUGGAUCACCUAGAGGAGAACCUGAACCGUUUAGUGUGUCUCUACUGCGAAAAGAUUUUUAGGGAUCGGCCCACGCUCAAGGAGCACAUGCGCAAGAAGGGUCACAAGCGGAUCAACCCGAACAGAAGGGAGUACGACAAGUACUUCCUCAUCAACUAUAAUCGUGGACCAGCGGCUCCAACGCCCCGGAAACAGCACCAUCAAAAGAGAAGACAGGAAACCGCAUCCGUGUCCACAUGCGCUGAUCCGGAAACCGGCAGCGUGGACUUUGACAAACACUUUGCCCGUCCGGAUUCGGAUGGCGAACACGAUUCGGACUGGUCGGAUUGGGCGGCGGAUGGUGAACCGAGUGCUAUCAAGUGCCUUUUUUGCUGUCAUCUUGGGGACAACUUUGUCGCCCUCAAGGAGCACAUGAGUGGGGUCCAUCGUUUGGAUUUUGACAAGGCCACCUGCUCCCUGAACUUCUACCAACGGGUGAAGGUGGUCAACUACCUGCGCCGGCAAAUGUGCAUGCUGCGCUGCGUUACCUGUGACCUCCAGUUCGACGAGCAGGAGUUGCUGGUGGAGCACAUGGCCCAGGAGUCGCAUUGCGGGGUCGGAAGCAAAGUGAACUGGGACAAACCGGAGUUCUUCUUUCCUUACAUGGAGAACGACGGACUGCUGUGCGUGCUGGACGACUCCGCAGACGAUGAUCCGGAAGCCGAUGUGGUGCGCAUCAUCUCCGAGGACAGUCUAGCUCAGAUCAACAAGGAUGCGGAGCGAUUGUCUCUCGAGAAUUUUAAGCUGUAAAGUGUUGAAACGAUUUAGUUUGGAACAAUUAAUUAAAUAUAUGUAUAUAUAACUACUCGA